AAAAAGUACGAGCCUCGUAGAAACCCUAAUAAGAUUCUGAUAUAUAUACAGAAAUUUUCGCCGGCUCCGUUUUUUUAGCUUUCUUCUGUAUUUGCCGCCGCUUCCUCUGCAAUCCAGCUCCGGCCAGGUCGUACCGGUAAGUAAAAACGUAGUGAAACAUCAUGGGUCGUGUUCGUACCAAGACUGUGAAGAAAUCUUCACGUCAGGUGAUUGAGAAGUACUACUCUCGGAUGACUCUCGACUUCCAUACGAACAAGAAGAUCUUGGAAGAAGUUGCAAUCAUCCCAUCAAAAAGACUACGCAACAAGAUUGCCGGGUUCUCGACCCACUUGAUGAAACGUAUCCAAAAGGGUCCAGUCCGUGGAAUCUCCCUCAAGCUACAAGAGGAAGAGCGCGAAAGGCGAAUGGACUUUGUCCCCGACGAGUCAGCCAUUAAAACCGAUGGCAUUAAGGUCGACAAGGAGACUCUGCAGAUGCUUGCUUCUUUGGGAAUGUCUGAUACUCCUGGCAUUUCUGAAGCGGAGCCACAAGCUAUGGGACCAUUUCGCCCUCCAAGAAGAUUCUAAGCCUUUAUUUUUAUCCUUCUGAACCUGAAUCAAAGCGUUUGGUUUUGUUAAAGAGUGUUAUGGAUCCAACGUUGUUUUCUUUGAUUCAAGAUUAAUGUCUUUUUAAGUUUUAAUUUACAGCUCUCGUUUAUGCUAUGAUAAUUUUGUUUUGCAUCUUACGUUUGGCUCGAAAUCAAGUCGCGCCUCUAAUGGCAUUGUGUCGAUAUCUUCUCUCACAUCAUUCAUCUUCCCCGCUUGUUAUUCCUUUCUCCCGAAAUUACCCCUCGAAACCGCUAAGAUUAUCCAGCCUGCCCUUCUUCCACCACGGCCGUCAGUCUCCGGCAUCCUCCUCCUCCUCUGCUCGGUGUUCUUCGUCUUCAUCCAUGGAAUCUCCUCCCGAAGGUUACAGAAGAAAUGUCGGUGUCUGUCUCGUGAAUUCCUCCAAAAAGAUUUUCGCUGCCUCGAGGUUGGAUAUUCCCAGUGCUUGGCAAAUGCCUCAGGGUGGAAUCGACGAGGGUGAAGAUCCACGAGUUGCAGUCAUGAGAGAGCUUAAAGAAGAGACCGGAGUUCACUCCGCUGAGAUUAUCGCAGAGGCACCUCACUGGGUAACGUAUGAUUUCCCACCAGAUGUUAGGGAGAAGCUUAAGGUCCGGUGGGGAUCUGAUUGGAAGGGUCAAGCACAGAGAUGGUUUCUUCUGAAAUUUACUGGGAAAGACGAAGAAAUCAACCUUCUUGGUGACGGAACUGAGAAACCUGAGUUUGGGGAAUGGUCCUGGGUAUCUCCUGAUCAACUCAUUGAACUUGCGGUGGAUUUCAAGAAGCCAGUGUACAAGGAAGUCCUGUCAGCUUUCGCUUCUCAUCUCCAGUAA